AUGCUCCCCGCUCGCGUUAAACCCCUGCACAGCCAUGACCUCCCCGCAACCACCGCUAUCUUGACCGUCGAAGAUGCCCAGACAUGCUCUCCCGCCUCCGCUGACGACGCUGAGGACAUUCUCACAAGCUUUCUCCCACACCUCUACCCCGACGAAGCGCCAUUGUGCCUCGGGGACCCAGGCAAAACGGUUCUGUAUACCUCAGGCGCGUGGGGCGAUGUGACCGUUAUGGUUCCUGGUUAUCCCAAGGGAAGUGAGGAGGAGGUGGUGGUGGAGGAGGAAAGACCCGAUAUGGAAGAAGGCGUUGAGGGAGGAAGACGACUCUUUGCGCAUUAUUUGUGGGGUGGUGGGCUAGUUGUUGCGGACGGGAUAGAGCGUGCGGUGAGGCAUCUGGCUGGAGAUGGUGCUGGCGAGGAGAAGGAUUUGCUCUGGAGUGUGAAGGGGGAAAAGGUUUUGGAGCUUGGUGCAGGUGCCGCCCUCCCGUCACUCAUAAGCGCUCUCGCCGGUGCCGCCCAAGUCACCAUAACAGACCACCCCUCAUCUCCCGCCCUCUACGGUACCAUCCAAGCAAACAUCGCCAAUAAUAUCCCCUUACACCUGCAGUCCAGGAUAUUCGUGCAAUCGCACGAAUGGGGCGUGUUAGGUUCUGAUGCAGUAUCUUCCCAGGAAAGCAGAACCCAGAACCCAGAGACACAGGCUGCUUCAAUAUCCGCUGUAGAGAACCAAGGGUCGUACACCCGGAUAAUUGCGGCGGAUUGUCUAUGGAUGAGAGAUCAACAUGAGAAUCUGAUACGGAGCCUAUUGUGGUUUCUUGCGCCACCAUCACCGCCUUCACCGCCUUCGUUGCCAGAUGGAGAUGGAAGCAAUGGAGCAGCUCGCGGAGGAGUAGCUUGGGUGGUUGCCGGAUUCCAUACUGGAAGGGAGAUUGUUGCAUCAUUCUUUGAGACGGCAGUGGCCAUGGGAUUGCUUGUGGAGCAGAUAUGGGAACGAGACGUCAAUGCCACCAGUGAGGAGGGAGUGGUUACGAGGGAGUGGAUGCCUCUAGUGCCUUGA